GACGGAGAGAGAGGGGCAAAGAGAGAGAGAGAGGCGCUGAGAGUCGAGAGGCAAAAGGAAGGGUGCAGGCACUGCCGCUGAGAGGAGAUCGAGAGACAGGGGGUGCACUUGACAACCAGCAUGCAGAGAUGUCAGAAGAGGCAGAAGUGGAUGUGAGAGACAGACACACACAGAGACACAGAGAGCGAAAGAGGGCAAGAGACUUGACUUUAAGAGACUCCUGCACUGACAACUCCAUGCAGUUCGGAACAAGAACGGCAGCGACCGACUCUGGUUUCAUGGGGACAUGGCAGAACACUGACACUAACCUCUUAUUCAGAAUGUCCCAACAGGCCAUCCGCUGUACACUGGUAAAUUGCACAUGUGAAUGUUUUCAGCCAGGGAAGAUAAACCUGAGAACCUGUGAUCAGUGUAAACAUGGCUGGGUGGCACAUGCCUUGGACAAACUUAGUACUCAGCACCUCUACCACCCAACCCAAGUGGAGAUUGUGCAGUCCAACGUUGUGUUUGACAUCAGCAGCCUGAUGCUCUACGGUACUCAGGCUGUGCCUGUGAGACUGAAGAUAUUACUUGACCGACUCUUCAGUGUACUGAAGCAAGAGGAAGUGUUGCAUAUUCUACAUGGCUUAGGCUGGACACUUCGAGACUAUGUUCGAGGCUACAUCCUUCAGGAUGCUGCAGGCAAGGUGCUGGACCGCUGGGCCAUCAUGUCCAGGGAAGAAGAGAUCAUUACCCUUCAGCAGUUCCUGAGAUUUGGAGAAACCAAAUCCAUCGUGGAGCUGAUGGCAAUUCAAGAAAAAGAAGGGCAGGCUGUGGCUGUGCCAUCUUCAAAGACAGAUUCAGACAUAAGGACUUUUAUUGAAAGCAAUAAUCGCACCAGGAGCCCAAGUCUCCUUGCUCACCUGGAGAAUAGCAACCCUUCCAGCAUUCAUCAUUUUGAAAACAUCCCGAAUAGCCUCGCAUUCCUGCUUCCAUUCCAGUACAUAAAUCCAGUCUCUGCUCCGCUGCUGGGGCUGCCUCCAAACGGCCUCCUGCUGGAACAGCCAGCAAUGAGACUCCGUGAACCAAGCCUUACGACCCAAAAUGAAUAUAACGAGAGCAGUGAAUCUGAAGUUUCCCCUACGCCUUUCAAGAAUGAGCAAACAUCCAGCAGGAAUGCUUUGACCAGCAUUACAAAUGUUGAGCCCAAAACUGAGCCAGCCUGUGUCUCUCCUGUUCAGACGCCUACGCCUGUCAAUGAUUUAUCAAAACCAGAACACACUAAAAGCUCAUUCCGCAUUCACAGAAUGAGGAGAAUGGGGUCGGCCUCCAGGAAAGGAAGAGUGUUUUGCAAUGCAUGUGGCAAAACUUUCUAUGACAAAGGUACUCUCAAAAUCCACUACAAUGCCGUUCACCUGAAAAUCAAGCACCGGUGCACUAUUGAGGGCUGCAACAUGGUCUUCAGCUCUCUCAGAAGCCGCAAUCGCCACAGUGCUAAUCCCAAUCCCCGACUCCACAUGCCCAUGCUAAGGAAUAACCGUGACAAAGAUCUAAUUCGUGCUACAUCAGGUGCCGCCACUCCGGUCAUCGCAAGUACAAAAUCCAACCUAACUUUAACAAGCCCUGGGCGUCCACCGAUGGGGUUCACCACGCCCCCUCUAGAUCCUGUACUACAGAACCCUCUUCCCAGUCAACUGGUGUUCCCAGCUUUAAAGACUGUCCAACCUGUUCCUCCUUUUUACAGAAAUUUACUUACUCCUGGAGAGAUGGUGAGCCCUCCAACCUCACUCCCUACCAGUCCAAUAAUACCAGCAGUGAGUGGCAUUGAGCAGCAUCCCCCUCCUCCUUCAGAGUCAUCAGUACCUUCAGUGCUGAUGCCCACCCCUGAACCUAAUGCUGACCUUGCCCCUAAGAAGAAGCCAAGGAAGUCGAGCAUGCCAGUUAAAAUUGAAAAGGAAGUUAUCGAUACUGCCGAUGAGUUUGAUGAUGAAGACGAAGAAGUGAAUGACAGCAGCACAAUGGUGAAUGACAUUGGUCAUGACAAUCACUGCCAUUCUCAGGAGGAAAUGAGCCCAGGCCUGUCUGUGAAAGACUUUUCCAAAAGUGACAGAAGCAGAUGCAUUUCCAGACCAGACAUAAGAAGGGCAGACAGCAUGACAUCAGAAGACCAGGAGCAUGACAGAGACUAUGAAAAUGAGUCAGAGUCGUCAGAGCCCAAAUUGUGUGAGGAAUCCAUGGAAGGCGAUGAUCGCCUCCAUGAACCUGGUGAAAAAUCCAUGAUGCACAGUGACAGACCAGAAGAAAACCACAAUGACUCUUCCAACCAGGAUGUCAUAAAGGUGAAGGAAGAGUAUACAGACCCUACAUAUGAUAUGUUCUACAUGAGCCAAUAUGGACUGUACAAUGGAGGCAGUGCCAGCAUGGCUGCCCUUCAUGAAAGUUUCGCUACUACAUUCAACUACAGCAGCCCUCAGAAGUUCUCCCCAGAAGGGGAAAUGUGCUCCAGCCCAGACCCCAAGAUCUGCUACGUGUGCAAGAAAAGUUUCAAGAGUUCCUACAGUGUGAAGCUUCACUACAGAAAUGUUCAUUUAAAAGAGAUGCAUGUCUGCACAGUGGCUGGCUGUAACGCUGCGUUCCCAUCACGGAGAAGCAGAGACAGACACAGUGCUAACAUAAACCUGCACCGUAAACUGUUGACCAAAGAACUGGAUGACAUGGGCCUGGACACCUCACAGCCUUCUCUUAGUAAGGAUCUCCGCGAUGAAUUUUUGGUGAAGAUAUAUGGCGCUCAGCAUCAGAUGGGGCUCGACAUAAGGGAAGACACCUCCUCGCCUGCUGGAACUGAGGAUUCCCAUAUGAAUGGGUAUGGCAGGGGCAUGUCGGAAGACUAUAUGGUCCUAGACCUGAGCACCACCUCCAGCAUCCAGUCCAGCAGCAGUAUCCAUUCCUCAAGAGAAUCUGAUGCAGGAAGUGAUGAGGGCAUUCUCCUGGACGACGUCGAUGGGGCAAGUGACAGCGGGGAAUCUGCCCACAAAGCAGAUGCCCCUGCCUUAGCUGUAGGUAUGGGCACCGAUGUCCCAGGAUCCCUCAUGUUCAACAGUGUUUCAGUGAGCAACGGUGGGAUAAUGUGUAACAUUUGCCACAAAAUGUACAGCAACAAGGGAACCCUCAGAGUGCACUAUAAAACAGUGCACUUGCGAGAGAUGCACAAAUGCAAAGUUCCUGGGUGCAACAUGAUGUUCUCUUCUGUCCGUAGCCGAAACCGGCACAGCCAGAACCCCAAUCUGCAUAAAAACAUUCCCUUCACUUCAGUAGAUUAGUUCAAGGAUGGACACAGGAUAAUGCCAGCUCUCAGAGAGGGCCCACCACAUCUGAACUGCCAUAUACAGUCUCCCUUUAUAUAUAUAUAUAUAUAUAUAUAUAUACACAAAUAUACAUAUAUAUAUAAUCUUUUUCUUUUCUUUUUUAACAAAAGAAAACACCAGGUGCUUUUUUCCCCUUUGUUGGUUGUUGGGUUGGGUUUUUUUGGGAUAGAAACUAAAAGGUGGGAUCUUUAAUUUAGGGGAAGAGACCCUUCAUGAAAAAAGCAAACAAAAACAAAAACAAACCCACAGAAAACUUACAGUUGUCCCUAGUUCUGUUAGAAUGUUCCUGGUCAUCUCCAAAGAGACAAUUUGUUCUACCCAUGACUUUUGCCUGAAAAAAAAACAAACAAAAAGCCAACAAAAAAAUUGCAAACAAACAAAAAGAGAAAAAACACAAUCUACUUAGUUGUCUUUGUGUCUUCUAAGCAUUGGGGAUAACGUUCUACUAAGCAUGGCUGUUACACUUGUAUAUAUAUAUUGAGCCUUGACAGGCUAUGAUGUAAAACAAUUGUAUUGAUGGUGGUUUAACUCUUAUUUUUUUGCUUAAUUUUUACAGUUACAUUCAGCUGUUAGAUAAGCAGGAAAAAUAGUUUGCUGGCUAGUUCUACUCAUUUAUGUUAGCUUUAAUGCACAUUUUUAAAAGAACCACGGUCUUGUUUUAACUACCUGCUAGAUAUAAGUAAUACAGAGGUGCUGGCAUGCUUUACAGUACCUGAUCUGAUACAGUUUUUUUGUCUUGUACUAUUACAUAAAUCCAGUCAUGCACUUUUUCGUACACUACAAGGGGAUGUGUAAUAAUAUCCAUGCUUUUUUUUCUUAAACUAUUGCCAUAUUUUCAGUAAGUGUCUUUAAAAAAAUACACUUAGAUAAAAGUGGUCUGGUCAGUAUGAGGGCAUGAAUGCCAAACAAAGAGUAUUAGUGUUUAGUGUUAAUACAAAAGUGCCAACUUUGCACACGUUUUGAAAAAAGAAAAUGUAGUUAUUCACCAUAACCACAGUUGUAGUUUUUGGACUACAGAAAAAAAAAAAACUGGGGAGAGAAAAAGGGUAAAGUGAAAUACAAAAUUCUUGGUGCUUUUUUCAAGUGCCAAUUAUUACUAGAAACAAUAGUGCAUCCUUAUUCCUUAUAUACUACAUUACAUAAAAGAAAAAAAAAACAGAAUUGUGUCAUGUGAAUCAGUGGAAUUUUUUUUUUGUCAAACAUACAUAAUAUUUGGGGAUAUAAAUGCUGAUACUACUUGUCACAGGACAAAGAUGAAUAAUGAAUAUAAUUUUGUGUGCUUCUUACUAUGGCCUGGAUUUUUUGUGGUGUAUAAAAAAAAAAAAAAAAGAACAGGGAAAUAAUGUUAACUAUGUUGUUCUGUAAAGUUGUCUUUUUUGCAAUGGAAAGUGCUGUAGUAUGAUUAAGGCAUGUUUUAUAGAAGCAAUCAAAAGAAAUUAAUGGCAGAAGCACUUAGAAGCUCUGAAAACAUAUGCUGGACUUUUUAUUGGAUAACUUUCCCUUUGGAUAAAAUUAGAGGCCAGAAAAAAAGGAUCUCUAGUUGUGUUAAUGUUUUGUCUUUCACCCACAUGGUUUGUCAGAAAAUAACGAAAGUCCAAGAAAGAUAGUGAGCAAGAGAGCAAGCAUGAACAGGAGAGGGAGAAGGAGCAAGCAGCUGAGAAAGGCAGAGAGAAAGAGAGGCUGUCCUCUGAAUCUUUUUUGUUUCCGAUGUUUACACAUGUUGCUUGAGCUGGUAAACCACACUGGCAGCCUGAGUUACCACAACAUACUGACUGAGUGAUGGUAUUUACUUAAGUUCAGUCUACAGCCAAAACCAUUAGGGUGUGUGUUGUAGACUCUUUUCUUUACAAAGACAGUAACAACAACAAUAACAAAAGCAAGCAAACAAACAAACAAACGAAAACCCAAGUGAUAUUUCCGCGUAAAAUAAAAUAUUCCUUCAGUGAGAAUGUGUUCCUUUUCUGUAUUUACUGACCCAGAACAUUAUUCUUCUUAGCCAAGUGUCAGAAAUGCUCCAUUGUUUCAGCUUGUUGUUGUUUUGAUUUGCUGUGCAUUUUGAUUAUUCUUAUCUUUAUGUCCACUUGAGUACUUAACUCCUGUUACCUUUUUUUUAGAGGAAACUCUUAAUAUGGAUUUCCUCUUUUUUAGUACUCUUUAUGCAUUUCAGUAUUCUUGUUUCCAAAAGUAGGAAUCAAUAGCUAAUAAAUCAACAUUUCCAGUUGUAGAAAAUAAAAGAAAAAUAUUUAUAAAUGAAUUCUCACUAUGUUCCUAUGGGUUACAAGCUUCUGAUCAUUUUUUUAUUCUGUACACUGAUGAACCCCUGAAAACAUUUGUGGAUCCCACAGAAACUGUAAGGAAAAUUUACCUUCUGGUUUAACAAAAAGAAACUUCAUAGCAAAAAGCUAAGCAGUUUCACUGACUUUUUUUCUUUCAUCUUUUUUUUUUAUUUUUCCUCAAAGUCUCAACUACUUUGCCUUGUUAAAUUGAGUGGAGAGAUCUGCUUCGCUUUGUUUUAUGUUGUGCAACCUCAGUGUGUUUGUGAGAGAGGGAAAUUAGAACAGUAAAGGUACAUUCUUCUAAAACAUAUGAGCCUUUGUAGUGUUAUCUGUACUGCACUCCCAUCCCUCCUCCCAGGCUAUUAGGAACAAGAAGAUGGAAAGUCUAAAAAACAAAACAACAAAAAAUUGAAUGAUAUCUGCAGAAAGAAAACCCCACUGUUUUGUAGUAUGUAUGGUAUAAAUAAAUAUAAUUUUUAAUGAAAAACACAUUUAAGCUAUAUAAAUAAUUCCUCACUGAAUGAAUCACUGUUCUGCAUUCUCAUUUCACUCUGUUUCUGUUAGAAGUCAAAUGGUUUUGGUAAACUUGUUUGGAAACUUAAACAUCAUCAGUAGAUAAAUUCAGCAGAUGAAUUAUAGAAAAAAAAAUCUGUUUAUUACACAAAAAUAAACAGGACAUUCUAAAAAGUAAGGAAGCAGGGACUAACCUCCAAAAACUAUUAGAAGCUCUGCAAUCCUACUUUUAUGGCAUUCUAAACUUCAUUCAGAUUUUGCUUUAGCUGUAUAGGAGAUAUGAUCUCCAUCUUGAGGACAGAAUAUUACUCACUGUUAUUUCUAGGUGAAUCAAGUGGUUUAUUCAGUGCUAGUGAUAUUAAUGUCAGAACAGUCUUUGUUUUAGAAGGGCACAUACACUUACAUUGAAUUGAAUGGCAUUUCCCACCUUCCUACUUACCAUGCAUCUGUAUGACAAUCUGUAUUUAUCAGAAUUGUUCCUGUGGUGGAAUUUGUAUCAUCUGAAGUUGUAUGAAAAAUCCUUAAAAAGGCUGUGUGGUAGAAGUUUGGUUUUACUGGCAGAAAGUAGCAUUUCUGGGUGAUCUCAGCAGCGACCCCGACUGCAAUAAGCGUAACAACCAAACAUUUCAUGUGUCCAGCACAGGGCAUGGCUGUAACGGUGUGAUGACAAGAUAAGUGUUGUGCCGUUGCUUACGCCAUCAUAAACCUGUGGCUAUCCCUUCAGUUUCCAAACCUGUCAGUCUAAACCUUCUUACAAGAAUUAGACUAACUUUGAGGAAGAGACUCUGUUUUACAUGGAGUUCCUUCCUUCUUGUCUAGUUCUUAUAGUUAUUGUGGUUGCUCUUUCCACAUUGUUUCACUGUUUUGUUUAUUCAAGGUAGUUGUAUUUUUCUGUAAAUAUAAAAAAGGCUUUGUCUACUUUUAGGAAAUAACUCUUCGUACUGAACCUCCUUUAGAAACCGAACUACUUGUCUGGAGGUUGUUAAGCAUUUUUCUUUGUUUCGGAGCGGGGGGGUUGUCAGGAAAGCAUGUGAUACUGGUUAAUCUCUAGGUAUCUUUUGAAAACAUGUAUGAAACAAUUUGGAAGGAAACCAGCACAGUCAAAGCACAAGAAUGGGAACCAGAAACUGAGUUCCAAUAACGCUGGUGGCCCCUUCUCACUGUUUAGUCUUGGACAGAUCACAUCACUUACCCGUUUGUCUUUCAAUCUGUUAAAAUAUGGCUAACACUAAUAUGAUCUUCCCCAUAAGAGUGCUCCUGUGAGGACUAAUUAGCUGGUGUUAGCUAAUUUAAGUCAUAAAUAUUUUUGCGAUAUGAUAUUUAGUCAAUUUUUCUGAGCUGUAUCUCAACCAGGUAUAUUUUGUUAUGGCUGAGAUUUUAACUUUGCCUCUUAAACUGCAGCUGCCUCCACGGUGACACUGUAGUCGUGCACACAAAGCACUCAAUUUGACAAAAUGUGGAAGGUGUAGAUUAAAAAAGCAUAUUAACACAUACACACUGCUCUUAAAGAUCUCUCAAAGGCUUUUCAUGACUGAGCUCAUAAAAUUUGUAUUUCCUUCCUUCCUUCCUUCCUUCCUUCCUUCCUUCCUUCCUUCCUUCCUUCCUCCCCUUCUCCCUCCCUCCCUUCAUCCCUCCAUCCAUUGUGGAAAUGAAAGUGUACUUUCUCUGCCUGUUCCAAAAGUUUGUAAGUUUUCCAUCACCUAUGCAUUUCCCAUUCCAUUCCCCCAAAAAGGAACUGCUUAGGAAAAAGAGUAGGGUCAGAUUCUAAACAGUAAAGUAGCUGCCAGGGAAUGUCAGCACCUCUGAUGAUCUGGUCCAGUACAGCUAAUAGGAAGUGAGGUUGCAGGGAUCCACUUGAGUUUUCCCUGAGUUUUAGUCUUCUCAAAUAACACAGUUAAGGAUCUAGCAUAGCCAAUUAUAUGGGGUAAGAAUGUGCCUAAACAAGAAGACAAAGAGCUGUGUGGGUAUCUGGAAAGCUCAGAAACAUAAAGAUUCAAGGUCUGAUGUGUUCCAAUGAUAGGAACCAUUUACAAGACCAGAGAUUUAGUUCCAAAAAUCUCUCCUUCAAUGUGUAUGGUAUUUUAAAAUCAGAGUACUUGGUUUGGACCCAUUUUUCACAGGGUCAUUAGGGAUGUCAGCUGCCAUCAGAAAACAGGACAUCUUUUCAGAAAUGUAUUUGUACUCAAAUUCUGCAGGUUAUUUUCACAGCAUCAUUGGUGGCGGGGGAAAGAAUAAGGGAGGGAAAGUGUUUGAUCUAGGACCUCACACAUGCACCUCUAAAUUUUUUACUCCUUCUUCUGUCCCCAGAAUGUUUUUCUUGCUUUUCUCUUUGGGUUGUGUUAACAGAAUUACUCAUUUUUAUUUCAAAAGAGAAGUGAAGGUGUCUGUACUAAGGGUGAGGAGGCAGCAGAACUUCUCUGUGGGGAAAAGGUGAGUGGCAGACACAUGAUGGCAGCUGGUAUAUGUCAGUUCCUUCUUAGUUUUGUUUUAUGUUUUUUUUUUCCUUAUGUCACUACUUUGCUGCUAUAGUAACUCAACAAAACAGUGACUGUAGUGCUACUUUGCUAGAUAAGCAUCAGCAUAUCCUGCUGUCCCCAUAUGAUGAGUUGGGCUUUUUUCCCCCUCCUGUAGGGACAUAAAAGGAACUCUUUUCCAUACCCAUUUUUACUUUAUGAACAGAGCAACAUCAUAUGAUGGACUGAACCUUUCACCCACAUGUUUGCCCAAGUACAUGUCUGUUCCAGUCCCAUGGUUUCUGUCUCUUCUUGCCAAGCAGCAUUAUCACUGCCUUGAAAAUGGCCUGUAACAGAGUGAAGCAGCAACUUUUUUACCUAAGUAAUAUUAUCUUGAGUCUGUAGUUAACCAGUCUUAUGUGGCUUGUUUUCUCUGGUCAAGUCAUGAUACUGAAUGACAGCUUUGAUUUUUUGAUCAAGAUAUUGAUCAUGUAUAUCCUGAUACUGUUGCUGUUAUGUUCGGUACUGGCAAUGAAAGGAAAACAGUUCUGGACCACCAAAGGGUUAAAAAAUGGACAUGUUUUUGACAAGUCCUCUGACUUUUGCCAGUAUUAUUGUUCAUUAUGAUGACACUGUAUUUUUUUGAAAUAGCAGCUGUAGUUGUCAUAAAACUAUUUUCCCAUUCCUCUCCUUUAAAGUGUGAUGUUGUAAAUUCAUGUGACCUUUCCUGCAAAGAAUAAAUAUUUCUUUUUUUAUAUAAGAUCUCAAGACAAGGCUUGGUUUGUAACAAAUAGUGGCCCAUUACAAAGCAGGGAAAAAAACUGAGCUGAGCAGAAAGAAGCUUCAGUUCAAUUUCACCUCAUAUCUUUCUAAUAACUUACUUGUCACUUUAUUACCUUCCAGUAAUGUGAAUGCUGCUGACAAGACUGUCACACUAACAGCAGACAACACCCUCUCUUCCUUAGCCCCAGCUCUCCUGGCUACUUAUUGCACUGGCCCUGAAGGGACACAAACUAAUAGUGUGCUUUCAAGUUCAGCACUUGGCCAUCAAAUAUAAAAGGAUGCGUAAUUGCCUGUUUAUCCCCUGUGAAGGGGAAAUUGAGUAUAAGAACCAGGCUUUCCCUCCCCAUUCCUUGACACACACACACGCAUGCACACACACAUCUGCAGUGAGUGAAGGGAAGUCCCAUCUGGAGCGCUUCGAUUUGUCUUUGGGAAGCCCAAGGCUGCCACUGGCUGCUCUAUCGAGCUAUCAGGCAGACAGUAACAAGAUGGCUUCUUAACAAAAGGUCAGCUGAGAAAUACUGUCUGUGACGGCACUUUUGUCUGCUUAUGUAGCAACUAAUUGCUUUGUAUUGGCAUAAGCCAUACUGUGCCUGCCAGAAAUAGUCGUGUGAAUUUGCUACAGGUCUUGCUGCACAGGUUCAGUUGCAAGCAGGAUAUGCAGUCUUUUCUUUUUCUGGUUUAGCCCAUCCCUUGGCAAAUUUCAGAGCAAUGCCACCCUCUCGGGUUCCUAUGGUGAAUGCCGAUUCCAUAUAGCCUUUCUGCUGUGAUAGGAACAUCUCCUGCUGAGGUCAGUGUGAGCCUCUCUAAAGUGUUAGGGAAACAUAUCUGAGACACAAUCUGCUGCCCUCAGACAAGGAGGAAUUUUUUUCUGAUUUAUCCCUUCAUUUACAAGAACACUGCCAGAAGUACAGGCUCCAGAAGCGCUUCUCAGAUGAUGCCGUCAGGAAAGAGAGAGUUUGACAGUGAAGUAGCUUGAGACCAUGUGCUAUGUUUUAAGAAAUUCUAAGUGCAUGAAGGCCAGCGUACCUGGCUUCAGCCACUCCUCUUCCUUCUUAUUGUACGCUCGCUGACUGCUGAAUAGCAGUUGAAAAUUCAAGUAGGCAGAGAUGCAGCUGAAGCGUGCUUUCCUUGCAAGGGUCAGCAGCGUUCCUGUGCCGAGAUCUCAACGCCAGAUCCCGUGUGUGCCUGUGAGUGCUGGGCAGUGUGGGCUGAUGGGUGCUGGCAGCCAGUGCAGCACCAAAAAAGACAAAGCCGGGUUUCAGGCAAAGCCCAAGACUGGGAAACCUAAACACAGCCAUUUUGGGGUUCACUGUUUUUCAUAUCCUUGGAUCGAUUCAUGGCACUAGUGGGCGGCAGCUCCUCUUUGCUGGUUCUGGAUGCUAAUACUGUCUCCAGCACUAAGUGGUAAUUUGGUGUUUGCUGCAACAGAGGUGAUGGUAUCCACUAUAAAUAUGCUGAAGCAUUUUACCAGUUAAAGGUCACUGAUCUUUUCCCUCCUUUUCCUUCUGAGUGCAUCAGAAGCUAUAAGGGCGAAACAGCAGACAACUUCCCGAGCCCUGUUUGUGUCAGAAGUGUAAAGGCUGAGCCCAGAUUCUGCUCCCUGUCAACUUCAUGUGCACGUGGCACUGGCGGAGGUGGGAGCAGUCGGAUUAUCUGACCUGCGAUGAUGAGCUUGGGCAGGCCUAACAGCCUUUCUUUUUGUACCAUUUCUGAGGCCGUUUGUGGAAACUGAGGACUUUCUGAUCAAAGAAACCAUUUGGGUCCUUCGUGUGUGUGUGUGUGCGCGCGUGCGCACGUGCGCAUGUGUGUAUGGUGAAUGUGUGUGUGUGUGUGUGUGUGUGUGAGACAGACAGAUGGAGAGGGAGAAACAGAUCCAGAGUUAGAACAAAAAGCCUUAAAAUGAAGGUUAUACAAAUGGGCAAAAUUAUAUCAUUUUCAUCACACUUACCUAUAUAUAUAUAUUUCCUCUUAUGCGUUUAAGAGCAUGAGAAGCAUGAGUGAGCAAAAGCUUUAUUCAGAUGUUCUACAGAUUUCAUACGCUGCUCCCUUCAAACCUUUGGAGAAAAAUAUUUUAGGAAAAUGGAGAAAAGGCAUCCGGGGCAAUUAUAUUUCUGGAGAAGAAAGAGAGAACGAGACUAGCUAAGUGAUGCAUAAAGAUUUUAUAAGGCAUCCGUUGUCAAACAAAAGGUUGAGAAUGAUCAGAGGAUAAUGCACAGUUAGGAUGGCAAACUCAUCAAUAGUUAAUCACAACCUGUCCACUUCUGUUACAAAAUGCAAGAGGCUGUGAACAGCAGCUCUGGGGGACCAGUGGCACUCGUGCACACGCGUGUCUGUGCCUGAGUGGGGGAGCGUUACGCAAUCACCACCUCCAGCUCAAGACUUGGACGUGCGGUCCACAUCCCCAUCCCCCCCGUCACGUCCUGAAAUUCUGCGUUGAUGGGGCAGAAUGUGUCCCUCCCACCACCGCUGUGAUACAGUACAGUACUCACGUGAAUUGUGAUUCUAGGGAUGUUCUUCUUAGUCUGCUCAAUGACCUAUGGAAUAAAUAGGGUCACUUAAGCUGUACAAACUAAGGCUGAUUUCUUCACUGUUUUUCAACUAUACUUUUACAUUUGAAUUUUUAUUUUUUUAACAAACCCUUGUACAAUCUUCAGUCAUUGUCUUAAUUUUCCCAUUUUUUUCACCUGUCCCCAGUCCUUCUCCUCUCAUUCCAAGAGACUCUCUCAUUAAAAUUCGCUCAGAAAAGUAACACAUCCUCCUGAUAUUCUCCAUUUUGGAAACUUUUAUGCAUUCCAUCUGUGAAAAUGGUCACCGUUUGUAAAGUGACAAGAUGAAUAAAAUGGCCACUGUUGUGUGUGUGUGUCUCAUUUAGCUAUUUAUAAAUAUGAAAUUCAGCAUGCUGCUUUUUCUUGUGCAAACUUUGGUUCCUAUGUCAUAUGGGGCUCCUUUCCCAUAACGUGGCUGUUUCUUAACGGGCAGCAUUUGUGUUCUCAGUUCAUGCCUUCUGCCUCUCCUCCAGUCUAUGAAAAAAGUGUUCUGUGUUCCAGUGUAAUGUCUAUGCGACAGGUAUGCAAAUAAGCUGAUCUGAACCCUGAACACAGUGAAAAUUUACCCUGGCUGAAGCUCCACACACUUUUACUUACUGCAAGCAGGUGACUGCAACCUGUUUGUACCAACGAAUAUCUCAUUGUAGGGGGCUUACACUUUGUGGCCAAAGCAGUUCGGAGUUUCUUUGUUUUAAUGAAGGCUAUUGCUCACUGGCACUGUUGUUGUUUUAACAGCUUUGACUGAGAAGGUCACACGGGCUAGCAACAUGGCAAUUUCCUAUAUAGCCGUCUGCUGUGUUUCAGUUCUCCUGAACUGGAAAGAUGGGAACCUGACUGGGGGUUCAUGCGGAGAUGUUAGCUGAGAUAAACUGGAUAUGAACCUUCAUGUAUUUGGGGGUCUGUAGGGGCCUGGCAGCGGGUGCAGACACAGAGGCAAAAAGCCUGGAAACCCCUUUCACAGUGGGCACGGGAGGACUCUCACAGCCUGGCUGCAAACUGCCCGUGACACUCAGCGACGCGCUAGCUGCAGCAAGGGGGCUGCUGAGCAGAGAACGGCGAGCUCGCUGCUGGCUCGCAAAGCUAGGCUUGUUCCGGUGGACUUUGUCAAGACGUGUUCCUGGGGUACCCUGCCCAGGCACGGGAAAGUUUGGAGUCAGGGCCUGAUGGACGUUUUUACAAAGGUCCUUCUCCGUUCGGAAUAAAUGAGGCUUUUUAUUUUCACUGUUUGUUCUCAAUGCGAGCAAAACGUGAAUGCUCUGCUGUCCUGCCUGCAGAACCAAAGCAUGCACUAUGGAAUAUAGCUGUACAAGGGGAUAUGAAAAACUGCAUCAUGUUGAUCUAAUAAUCGUGACAUUGGUAGCUUCAUAAAUACUGUAUGUACUCUAAACAAGUUUUUUCCAUUAGUAGUCUGAGGGAAUUAAAAGUCCUGUUUUUAAUUUGACAUUUCUUUUCUUGUAUUUUCUGUACUGUAACUGUCCUACAGUAUGUCUUUUGCAUAAAAUGCAUAAGGUUUUGGGGAUAUAAAUGGAGUUUUACUCAUACUUUGUCCAAAUACCUCUUGUAAUUUGUAUCAAAAUUCUUGUACAAUUUUUAUAUUAAAG